UAUUUUACAACUAUGACUAGCAUUAAGUUAUUUAAUUUAUUUGCAAUUAUAUAUUUGCUAAAUUAUCCAUCAAUUGAAUGCAAUAGUAUUAGUAAUGAUAGUAAUGGUGAUCACAACGUAAGGGACACGAAGUACGCGGGAGAGAGUAAACAAGUGCUCAAUAUAUUGAAUGACAUGCAAACCGAUGCCACACACCAUCACCCGUACCAUCAUUUUGGUCAUCAUCCACACCAUCCUCAUCAUCCACAUCAUCAAACAGUUCUAAGUCCAGUAACUCACGAGGGUCAUGGUUCAGGUCACAAUCAUUGGGAUAAUAUUGAUAAGCUAUGGGAAAAAGGUGCCGGUGCUCAUCACAGUGAUUAUGACAAAUAUGGUAAUCAUGGAUAUAAGCAACAGUAUGUAGAUAUAGGGGAAGGUUAUCACGAUAGACAUAAUGAUGGACUUAAUGCUGGAAAUUCUGAGGGUUACGAUGAUAGAAGUUUGUGGUCCAGAGAUAGAGGACAGGAUCACGAAAGGAAUAUGCGAUGGGACAGGGAGUUAGAGAAUUUUGCAACAUUUUUCUUAAACUCAGUCAAGAAGGCAAACGCCGGCAAAUCGGGACAUAUCUCGAAAUAUCAUCAGUUGGAUAACGGAGCUCAUUAUGGACUCAAACAUAUUGAUGAAAACAACUAUAAUGUUUAUAGUGGACGGGGACGUCAUUCUGGUCAGGGAUGGCAUGAGUUGGAUAGAUAUCGUGGUAAUAAAGGACAGUAUGUACACGGAUCUGAUUAUAGGGAAAGUCCUUAUAUAAUACCAUCUGUUUAUCAUAAAAAAUAAUGUUUUUUUGUAUAUAAAUAUAUAUUU